AUGGCGGAAGUCGGCGGCCAUCAUAAGCGAGCUCUUACCAAUCUCGCCGACCACGAUGGCAUCCUUGACCAGAUUCUGGCAAGGGUACCGGUCAAAUCACUGAUGAGAUUUCGCUGCGUCUGCAACUCAUGGCGUGAUCUCAUUUCCCAGUCUCAUUUUGUCACCAAGCACUUCACUUACGCAAGCCAAGGCAUCACCAAGACCACCUCAAGGCUCCUUUUCUCGACGAGCCCAGUUGAAUCCAUAGACUACGAAGCCUUCAAGGAUCUGAAUGAUGCAGAUUCUCAUCUUGCAAUCAGAAAGCUCAAGUUUCCGGUAAUGUUCCCUGAUUCAAGUAUUAGAACAAUUAUAGGUUCUUGCAAUGGGCUGAUAUGCGUAGAUGUUGACCUAGAAGGGAUUGCGAUAUGGAACCCUUGUACUGGAGAAUCCAAUGUGUUGUCAAAACCUACUGAUCAUUACAUUCCAUAG